AUGAGUGCUCAUCAUGCCAAGCUGAGAGGCCCCAAGGGCGAGGACAUCCAAAUUCCCGUUGGUCUAUGGAUUGAUGGACAGCUGGUGUCUUCAUCACAGAACCGCACCUUUGAGACUACAUCAGCAGUCAGUGGGAAAACCCUAGCAACACUCCAGGAGGGCAGUGAGGCGGAUGCCAACAAGGCAGUGGUUGCUGCACAGAAAGCUUUCCCAAAGUGGCGAGACACCCUCGGCUCAGAAAGAGGCCGCUUAUUGAACAAGCUGGCCGAUCUCAUUGAGGAGCGUCUACCCCAACUCGCCAUCGUUUCUUCCUUGGACACGGGCAUGUUGGUAUCGGCUGCUCAGGGAUUUGACUUGACCAGCCUUGUUGAGCUGCUGCGGUACUACGCCGGUGCCGCGGAUAAGAUUCAAGGAAAGACCACCCCAGGCAAAAAGACACUCAACUACACCCUGCGCGAGCCUCACGGCGUCUGUGGUCUGAUUCUGCCUUGGAACUUCCCCAACCUGAUCUUGGGUUGGAAACUCGCUCCAGCUUUGGCAGCGGGCAACACUGUUGUCAUCAAACCCUCCGAAAUAACCCCCCUCACAGCACUAUAUGUGGCGGAACUCUCCAAGGAAGCUGGUUUCCCCGACGGUGUCAUCAAUGUCGUGACUGGUUCCGGCGCCGUAGGAGCUGCGCUGGCUUCACACCCCAUCGUGCGCAAAAUCAGCUUCACUGGAUCAGGUGUGACCGGACGCGCUAUUUCCGUCGCAGCAGCCAAGUCCAACUUGAAGCACGUCUCCUUGGAACUGGGCGGCAAAGGAGCUGUUAUAGUGGCUAAAGAUGCCGACGUGGAAAAAGCCGCAUUUUGGUCGUCGUUGGGAAUCUAUUUCCACCAGGGACAAGUAUGCGCUGCCGGAUCGCGCAUUUUUGUUCAUGAAGAUAUCAAGGAGAAGUUCCUUGAAGCUUUCCAGCGUAACAUCGACGAGGCUAAAUACGGCGAUCCAUUGCAGGGUCAGGAUUCUGCUGACAUUGUGGGUCCGCUGGCCUCGUCGCAGCAGCGCGAGAAGGUGGCGUCAAUGGUGCAAGCUGGCAAAGACGCUGGAUUCGAGUGGUGGGAAGGACAAAAGGGCACGAAGCCGCCUCACGAGAACUAUUUGCCCCGAGGAUACUUUUUCAACGCGCACCCCGAGCACGAUGUGGCCUCCAAGGAAAUCUUUGGACCUGUGGCCUGCAUCAGCACCUUUUCUUCCUUGGCACAGGCCGUUGAGUUGGCCAAUGCCACCGAGUACGGUCUGAGUGCCAAUGUCUUUUCGCGAAACAUCGACAACGCUUUGAAUCUAGCUGCACAGAUUGAGGCGGGUACGAUUUGGGUCAACUGCGCGGCCAUGUUGGACGCUUCGACUCCGUUUGGCGGUGUCAAGCAGUCAGGGAAUGGAAGAGAUGGAGGUGAUGAGGCCCUAGACUUGUAUCUGUCUACCAAGACGGUGAAGAUCAUGCUCGAGCCUUUGCCUGCAAAGAUGUAA